UCUGCCUGAUCCAGGAGAGCCGGCCGGCCAGCCGUCGGUUCUACCAGCAUUCAGGACAAGGAGCUGUCGGUGGAUGACGCCGUUCGGCUGAUGAUCGUCAUCCGCCAAGCGUUGACCAUCCACGCCCGGCGGGCGCUGCAGCGGCGCGCGUCCGUCCGGCCCCAGCGCGGCGCCUCGGCCAGCGACAAGGAGAACAGCACUGCCGGCGGCCGGCCCGGCAAACGACGUCUGCACAACGUCGACGAGCGGUCCGUGCUGUCCGACGCAAGCCAGGAGAGCGGCUCGUCGGACGACUCCGGCCUGGAGGCUCGCUCCUCACCGGCCGCCGCCGAGCCGGCCUCGCCGCUCGACAAGGAGGAGGUGGUGCUGGGGCUGGUGGACGUGGUGGCUGUGCUGUGGACCAGCCGGCUGGCCGAGCUGUCGCAGCAGGUAGAGCUGCUGGAGCGGCUGCAGCAGGCCUGGUCGCGCGUCCUGCCGCUCCUCUUCAGCCAGCACAAGGACUCGCCGGCCGGCGCCUCGCUGCUGUACGUGGCCUCGCUGCUGCCGCACGCGGCCAUGGCGCCGCUCUCCUCGCACUGUCUGUCGGCGCUGCGCCAGCUGCCCGACGACGCGCCGGCCGACCGCUGCGCCCAGCUGCUCGACCCGCUGGUCAACUGGGGCCGCGGCGAUGACGUCAUCGAGCUGUGCGACGAGUGCCUUCGGGCCGCCUUUGACGGCGAGCGCAGCUUCGUCGCCUCGCAGAAGAACCUGCGCCGCUCGGCGGCGGGCGCUCUGCUGGAGGAGCGGCUCGGCUCGUCACAGGCCGACUCGGACCGCGACGAGCUGGCCGCCGAGAUGCUACGCACGCUGCUAGUGCUGGCGCUGGCGCUGGCCGCUGCCGAGCGGCCCGACCCCGGGCUCCGCACCGUCCAGAACCUGCUCCAGUGGGGACACAGGGUGGCCUCUGAGCCGGCCCGUUGGCCCAAUACGGCGCUGCUGGCGCGCGUCUCGUGCCUGCUGACGGACGCGGCGCUCAACUCGUCGCUGACGGGCUGUCUGGCGCUGCCGCUGGCGGAGGCGACAGUCCACUGGCUCCUGCUGGGGCUCUCCGGAUCGGACGCCGACCUGGACGUGUGCGUGGCCUCGCUAUUCCACGCGGCCGACCUGCUGGAGGCGACCACGGUAGCGUCCGUCACGUGA